AUGGCUUCCCUUGAUCUCAUUUCGUGGCUAUGGCAGCACCCGCUUUUCGGUGGGGCAUUAUUAGUGCUUUCAUUUCUGCUCCAGAAUUGGCUGAAGCCAGGAUUACGAUCCAUACCUGGCCCUUGGCUUGCAAAAUUCUCUAAUAUAUGGCGAUACCACGAUGUCGCGAAAGGUCGACCAGACAUCACCCUUUAUAAACUGCAUCAGAAAUAUGGAGACUAUGUUCGACUGGGACCAACAGCAGUCAGUGUCAAGAACAUACAAGUUUUGAAGACAAUUUAUGGCAUCAAUUCGGGGUAUGCAAAGAGUUCAUUCUACAGAGUGCAGCAACAAUUGGCUAAUGGGAAACCGACUGUCACUUUAUUUACAUCCCUGGAUGAGGACUUCCAUGCUUCCAUCAAGAAACCCAUCUCGUCAGCCUACUCAAUGACAACACUUACGGAGUUUGAACCUUUUGUCAACAGGACCAUUCAAGCUCUGGUAACACAGUUGGACGAGCUCUUUGUUAAGCCAGGGCUACCUUGUAAUAUUGCUACCUGGCUUCAAUAUUACGCGUUUGAUACUAUCGGAGAGCUCACAUUCAGCAAGUCUUUGGGCUUUCUCGAGCAAGGCCAAGACAUAGAUGGCAUCAUCGCAGCAUUGGAGAAGACUUUCGAUUACAGCGGCAAAAUAGGUCAAAUGCCAUGGCUCGACUACGUCUUCGUCAAGAACCCCAUCCGAGCCAAGCUCUUCGGCACCAAAACAACGCCAGUCGCAAAAUUCGCAAGAGAUCGACUGGAUGAACGCCUCAACACCAACGAGAAGAUAUCGAAAUCCCUCAAGCAACCGAAAGAUUUCCUAACACGCUUUCUCGAAGCCAAAACCAUACAUCCUGACAUCGUAGACGACAAACAAGUCUUCUCCUACACGGUAACAAACAUGUUUGCAGGUUCAGACACAACGGCAAUCUCACUCCGGGCGGUCCUUUAUUAUACUCUCAAAAAUCCACCAGUUCUCGCCCGCUUGAACACUGAGCUCUCGACUGCCUUUGCAGAAGGAAAGUUGAGUUUUCCUAUGACUUGGAAGCAAUCCCAAUCCCUCCCGUAUCUUGAUGCUGUUAUCAAAGAAGCGCUCCGUCUCCAUCCUGCUGUCGGUCUUCCACUUGAACGUCUCGUCCCUGCUCCUGGCCUUCAACUCCCAAAUGGCCCAUCCCUCCCGGCAGGCACGAUCAUUGGGGCUUCGCCAUGGAUAAUCCACCGAGACGAGAGCAUUUUUGGUGCAGAGGCAAAUGAGUUUAAUCCCGAUCGCUGGCUGCGAAAGGAAGGAGAGACAGAGACCCGGUUCAAGGCCAGGGCAGGGGGAAUGAUCAGAGCUACGUUUACAUUCGGGGCGGGGAGUAGGACGUGUAUUGGGAAGAACGUUAGCUUGUUGGAGAUUUAUAAGGUUAUACCUUCGUUGUUUUGGAGGUAUGAGAUUAGGUUGAAGGAUCCUGAGAAGGAGUGGGAGUUGAUCAAUGCGUGGUUUGUGAGGCAGAAGGGCAUGGAUGUCUACUUGACGCUGCGGGAGGAUAGGUAAUAGAAAAUGUUAAGUUCGAUCCUUUUGAUUACUCUCGGGUUUCUGUUCUAGUAAGAAUUGGAAGUGUAGAUGCCAGAAGAGAAAAAGGAACUCACCCAUGGUCCGUCCCGCAACUAGAGCCACAUAUCACAUAUUGCAUUCC